AUGCAAAUCUUUGUAAAAACUCUUACCGGAAAAACUAUUACACUCGAAGUCGAACCAAGUGAUACCAUCGAAAAUGUGAAGGCAAAAAUUCAAGACAAAGAAGGAAUUCCACCUGAUCAACAACGUCUUAUCUUUGCUGGUAAACAACUUGAAGAUGGUCGAACACUCAGCGAUUACAACAUUCAAAAAGAAAGUACACUUCAUCUCGUUCUUCGAUUACGUGGUGGUAUGCAAAUUUUUGUUAAAACACUUACCGGCAAGACAAUAACACUCGAAGUCGAACCAAGUGACACAAUCGAAAAUGUUAAAGCUAAGAUUCAAGACAAGGAAGGUAUUCCACCUGAUCAACAACGACUUAUCUUCGCCGGUAAACAACUCGAAGAUGGUCGCACAUUGAGCGAUUACAACAUCCAAAAAGAAAGUACACUUCACCUCGUUCUUCGAUUACGUGGUGGUAUGCAAAUCUUUGUUAAAACACUCACUGGCAAAACAAUAACACUCGAAGUUGAACCAAGUGAUACCAUCGAAAAUGUUAAAGCAAAAAUCCAAGAUAAAGAAGGAAUUCCACCUGAUCAACAACGUCUCAUCUUUGCUGGCAAACAACUUGAAGAUGGUCGAACACUUAGCGACUAUAAUAUUCAAAAAGAAAGUACACUUCACUUAGUUCUUCGAUUACGUGGUGGUAUGCAAAUAUUCGUCAAAACUCUCACCGGCAAAACUAUAACACUCGAAGUUGAACCAAGUGACACUAUCGAAAAUGUGAAAGCAAAAAUCCAAGACAAAGAAGGAAUUCCACCUGAUCAACAACGUCUCAUCUUUGCCGGUAAACAACUUGAAGAUGGUAGAACACUCAGCGAUUACAACAUUCAAAAAGAAAGUACGCUCCAUCUUGUACUUCGACUUCGAGGUGGUGAUAAUCAAUAA